UCCUGGCCCACUGGCACCCUGGGAGGCAGCAGGUCCAGUGCUGACUCAAAAUGCACAGAGUCCCCCGGACCCCGCUCUCCUGCAGCCCAGCCUCCCGACCGCGCUUAUGGGACAAAGCCUAUUGGGACCACAGGACAAAGGUGCUAACCGCCCGGCCACUGGUGGACACGCAGGCCCCGACCACCUUCUGCCACCUGCGCCUGAAGGUCAAGAGGCUGAAGCUGGAAGAGGAGCGGCUGCACGCCAUCGACAGGGAGAACCGCCUGCUCCUGGAGAGGGUUGCCCGGAUCCUGAGGACCAAGGGGAGCUUGGCCGGAGACAUGACCAGGUCUUGGGGAGCCUGCCCAGCAUACAUGGCCCCCACGAGUCACUGA